CCCCAUAGACAUCCUUCGUACUGUUGGGAAGUCUCACGCCGUCCGCUCCACCUCCACUUUCCACUGUGGCAUCCAGCUACCACUGUCCUGUGAUCAACUGCUCCUCAUCGUCGUAAAAUUUUCUAGCACACGAAUCCAAUAAUUGUGGGUACAGUCUGCGAGGAGAAGCCACAAGAACAUCAGCGACCGAAACUGGAUGUGCCACGUGCCCUGCUUUUGCAUUGGCGACUACUGCAGCGCAGCUAAUUCAUACACGUUCAGAAACCAGGUUAUAUAGGAGGCCUCCGAGGAUCCCCGCCCUUCCCUCCCUCCUAUACUUAUCCUCGCAGUCUUCUUUGGUACCGUUGGGGUCGUCCGUUCUGCAUCCAUGGGGGAGUUCGCGGACGCGGAGAGAUUUGAGUGUCUUAAGCCCUCUCUUCCUUUCAUGGAGAUGGAUACCAACUUGGAGCUGAUGAGGCAGCUCGCGGAGCUCAAUGGCUCGGCUAUGCACAGCCCGAGCAUGGGAUUGAUGGAUUACUCCGACGAGUACUACUUGCCUCAUCAGUCCGAGUUCUCGAUUCCAUUUAUCGAUGACUUGACCGGUCCGCCUGCAGAACGCCAAAAACCCAUUGCGGAGUCGCAGCCUGCGGGAUCUGUUGGAGAGCAGAGUCAUGGAGGCAGGAAAAGGAAGAUGAUCGCGGAAUCGAAUUCGAGUUCCCACAACUUUUCAGAGGUCUACUCGGUGAUUGGAUCGUCAGCAGUUAACACCGAGAAAAAGAACGGCUCCGAGAGUAGGAGAAGACGCAAAAGCAAUUCGAAGGAAGCAGGGAAGCCAAAGGAGGUAGUUCAUGUGAGGGCAAGAAGAGGCCAAGCCACUGACAGCCACAGCCUAGCUGAGAGGGUGAGGAGGAGGAAGAUCAAUGAAAGAAUGAGAUGUUUACAAGACCUUGUUCCUGGAUGCUACAAGACGAUGGGUAUGGCAGGGAUGCUGGAUGAGAUAAUCAACUAUGUGCAGUCACUGCAGAACCAAGUUGAGUUUCUUUCAAUGAAACUUUCGGCUGCGAGCUCCUUUUACGACUACAGCUUGGGUGUGGAAGCCAUCGCAAUAACUCAGGUGGAUGGAGCAUACGAGGGGGAAGAGGCAGAGAGAGCGCAGAGAAAGGGACAUGGGGAUUGCACCAGCGUCCACUCAAUAUCGAUGCCCUCCUUUUGACUCGGCUUUCGGCUCUUGGCACUUCCAUGUCUCUGACCACAUACAUUGCACUCUCGCUUCCUCUCCCAACCUCAGCUCAAGAAGUCUGUUUCCCGGCACCCAUGCAUGGCUCACGUGCAUACGAGCUAUUUGCUUUCCUUCGCACAUGUGUGGGCCUUAGCAAAAAUCUCUCUCUCUCUCUCUCUCUCUCUCUCUCUCACACACACACACACAGACCCAUCUGUUCCUUUUCAUUUGGUCAUGUAUGAUUGUAUUCAACCUCUUUGUCGGUUCCAUGUAUUGUCAUCGUCACAUAGUAAUAUAUUGGACUCCUAUUGUUAUUUUC